AUGUAUUCUCACAGCAAUAACCACCAAAAUAGCUCGUCUGAAUCUCAGGCUUCAGCAGCACAAUUUCGCGAUUGGUUGAAUAGCGUUGCACGGUACCAUGUGGAUCCCAACCAACGCGACUACUGUCUCCACCGGGUCUUAUCUACGCCGACGCUCUAUGGUCCACGCACUCGCUACCUCGAAAACCCAUGCCGUUGUAACAACAUUGUCUGCACUCUGUCUCGUUGGAUGGACGAUCGCGGUAUGAACCAGUCAGCGACCCGAGUGCGCUUCACGCGUAUCGAUGUGAUUCUGGGUUUCUGGAGUGUUCGGGUCGAAGGCAGAACCGACCCUCGCACCGGGGAACGUAGGCCCGUUACAAUACACGACCUAAUCACUGCAGUUCACGUAGAGCUGCAUAAACCAAUGAGCGUCUUUGAGCUAGAGGCGUGUCUACUGCCUAUAGAGGCGUGCGAGCAUCGUCGAAUCUUGCGUCAGACGCGCCAGCAUUGGAGGCAGAGGACAGGACUCCGGUCUGAUGACGAUGAUCAGUUAUACGAGAGAGUUGACUUUCUCCAGAGACACAAUGCAGACAUUGCUAGUCAAGCGAUGUAUCUCAAGCAGCUUCAUUCGGAUCCGACAGUGUGCACGGUCGGACUGAUUUAA